AUGCUUUGUGUUGUUUUUCUUCUUAUAAAAUUCUUUAUAACCGACCAAAAAUCCUCGAAUGAUCCGCCAUAUGUUGCUGAAUAUUUUCAUCUUGUAUCAACUAUUGAUAAACCAAUACAUUUAAAAAAAUACUAUGGCAUGCAUGAAUCAUCUAUUGAUUUUUAUCCAGGUACAAUGAAUAUUAUUUUAAGUGUACCACACGAUGGUAAUAUUCCAUCGAAUCUACCGCGAAGACCAACAUCUGCGUGUAGAAAAUUAAAUAGUACAAAUCGAAAAUGUUACUAUCAAAAUCCAUGUGUAUCUCCAUUAUUUAAAACUGAUACAAAAAAUUGUCGUAUACAUCAUGGUCGUGAUCAAAAUACGCGUCUUCUUGCUUUAGCACUACGUUAUGAAUUAAAUCAAUUAUUUAGCUUAAAACCUUUUGUUAUUAUUAAUAGACUAGAAAGAACUAAAGUUGAUAUGAAUCGCUUCAUUGACGAAGGAACAUUUGGUGCAUCGAAUACUAUGCACGCAUGGAUGAGAUAUCAUUUCUAUUUGAGACAUGCAAGAGAACUUAUUAUGGGCCAUAAGGAUAACUAUCGAGAAAAAGGAUUAUUAUUCGAUAUACAUUCACAAGAUCAUGAGCAUGGUUGGGUUGAAUUAGGCUAUAUGCUAACGAGUCGUCAAUUAUCGACAAAUAAUUAUUCACUAAAAAGUUCGUCAUUAGCAUCAUACUUAGGAACACGAUUCAACCCCAUCGAACUCAUAAGCGGAAAUAAAUCUCUUGGAUAUUUUAUCACCAAAUAUAAAUAUUCAUCAACACCAAGUCCAACAUUUCCAUUUCCGCCCGAUCAUUCCUAUUUUGAGUGGGGUUAUACAAUCGAAGAAUACGGCCGAUAUAAUAAUUUUAGUGCAAUAAUGAUUGAAUCACCGUCGAAAGAACUUGUUAAUCGAACGAAAUUAUAUGAUUAUGCGAGAACAUUAGCGAUUGCUUUACAUGAUUAUCUGAUUGAAAUUGAACUCUUAGAAUCUCUAAUUACACAUGAAAAUAUUAAUCAAACUCUGAUCAAUAAACAAUGCAAUAUUAGUAAAAAAUUAAAUGUUCAGAUAAGGGUUUUUAUGCUCCUGUUCAUACAUGUUCUUAAUCUUAUUUGA